CGCGCAGGAUCCCGCCGACGGGGGCCCAUCAUGCCCGGACACCUGCAGGAGGGCUUCGGGUGCGUCGUCACCAACCGCUUCGAUCAGCUCUUCGAUGACGAGUCCGACCCCUUCGAGGUGUUGCGCGCGGCGGAGAGCCGGAGGAAGGAGAGCGGCGGCGGCGGCGGCGGGAGCCAAGCGGGCGGCGGAGCCCGAGGCCCGGCGGGCGCCCAGAGCGGCUCCUCGGGCGGAGCCGGCGGAGCAGGCCAAGCGGGCGGCGGCGCGGGCAGCGCGGCCAAGCAGCUGCGCAGGGAGUCGCAGAAGGAGCGCAAGAACCCGCUGCCGCCCUUCGCCGGCGGAGACCGCCGGGAGGAUGGCGGGGGCCAGCCCGGAGCUCCGCUGCGGAAGGAGGGGAUAAGGAGGAUUGGCAGGAGGCCUGAUCAGCAGCAGCAGCAACAGCAGCAGGGUGAAGGCAAACCCAUCGACAGGAGACCCGAGCGACGACCUCCCCGCGAGCGCCGCUUCGAGAAACCCGCCGAGGACAAGGGCGAGGGAGGAGAGUUCUCUGUGGAUAAACCCAUCGUGGACAGGCCCAUGCGUGGCCGUGGUGGGCUGGGCCGGGGCCGUGGCCGUGGCCGUGGCAUGGGCCGAGGAGAUGGAUUUGACUCUCGUGGCAAACGGGAAUUCGACAGACACAGCGGCAGCGAUAGAUCUUCUGUUUCACAUUCACAUUUCAGCGGCCUAAAGCACGAGGACAAGCGCGGGGGCAGCGGAUCACACAACUGGGGAACCGUCAAAGACGAGCUAACUGAAUUGGAUCAGUCAGCUGUAACUGAGGAAACGCCAGAGGGAGAGGAGCACCCGCCUGCUGAUUCUGAAAACAAAGAGAACGAGGUUGAAGAAGUGAAGGAAGAAGGCCCUAAGGAAAUGACCCUGGAUGAGUGGAAAGCCAUUCAAAGCAAGGAUCGUGCAAAAGUCGAGUUCAACAUCCGCAAACCAAACGAGGGAGCUGAUGGGCAAUGGAAAAAAGGAUUUGUGCUCCACAAGUCAAAGAGUGAGGAGGCUCACGCUGAGGACUCGGUCAUGGAUCACCAUUUCCGUAAACCAGCCAACGACAUCACAUCCCAGCUGGAGAUCAACUUCGGAGACCUGGGACGCCCCGGGCGCGGCGGCAGAGGGGGCAGGGGGGGCCGGGGCCGCGGGGGCAGGGCCAGCCGUGGAGGCAGGACUGACAAGUUGGUCAAGGAGUUUGAUGUGAUCCACACGCCCAACCAGUCAAGUGCUUCUGCUCCUGAUGUAGAUGACCCAGAGGCUUUCCCAGCUCUGUCCUAAACUGGAUGUCAUAAAGCCAACCCUGCCCUGGUGGGGCCUUCCUCUCCGAGGCUUGCAUGCUUAAGGAUCCUAAAACAACUAAGAAAUUGAGAGAAAAAAAAAACAAAA